AUGUCGGAAGAUGACAGGGCUGCGAAGGCGGCGCGGGCGCGGGCGAUGCUGAAGAAAAGGCAGCAGCAAAAGACGGUUGGGCCGUCCACCACGGGCGACUCGCGACUCGCAUCGCCAAGUCCACCGCCGUCCAGGCCUUUCACACCUGCCGAUGCUGAAAGUCACUCUCCGGUACAACCUACAACGAAUGGGCGAGAUGCGGGCGAACUGUUCUCAUCCAACGGACACGCCGGUGGCCCAGUUGAUACACACUGGCUGACCGGGCUGGAACGCGUCGAUACCCCUCAAACUCCAUCCCUUCCAAGCCCUCCACAGUCUGCGCUGGCAUCUCCGCCCAUACCCUCCGCACCGUCUGCUCGCUCGCCGUCAAGUGCUAACCAUGGGCCAAUAGCUUCUCCACGCCCAGUGCAUGCCGGCCCCACCUCUCCUCUCGCCCUAUCUGCUAUCACAGAUACGGAGGUCAAUGAACUGCGUGCUCGCGUGGCAGAACAGGUCAAGGUUAUCUCCAGCCUUGAGGGGGAGAAGAAGUCCCUUGAGGCAGCGGCGGAGCGUUUGAAGCAGGUCGAAUCCCAACUGCAACAGACCUCCGAUGUUCUCAGGUCUGAGCGGAGCAAGACUGAGAAACUCCAAGGUUUUCUGGAGCAUGCCGAAUCCGAUGUCGAGCAGUUGACCAACCAGCUCGAGGAGCAGAAAGCACGCAUGGCCACACUCGAGUCAGACAAGAACUCGACUGCCCGCCAUUUGCAGACUGCCAAGACUG